AUGGAGUCAGCUGCCGUGUCGCAGCUGUUCAAGCAGCUUUUCCAGCAUCGCCCCUGCCGAACAUGUCUGUCGCGCCAAGUCCGGCAAGCGCCCCGUCGACUGUACAGCUCCCAGAAGCAACACACCAGUCCAAACUACCAAGGACGUCGCAAGGAAGAUAGCAAGCUUGAGAGCAAUUGGCAGCAACGCAGCAUCUCGUUUCCUCCGGACAAGCUAGAAGAGUUCAAGAGAUAUCCACAAGUCACCUCGGAUGGCCUACGCGCGAGGAGGGAACGACCGAGGAGAGUGCGCAUGCUGAUGCGUGACUUCAUCGAGGACAGCUUAUACAACCCACAAUACGGCUACUUCUCGAAACACGUCGUCAUCUGGACUCCCGGCGAACCCUUUGACUUCAAUCAACUUCCUGAUGAGCAAUCAUUCUACCGCGAAUACGGCCAACGCUAUAACGACUUCGAGGAUCAGCUGGACGCAAAAGAUUACAACGAGACUCGUCAAUUAUGGCAUACUCCCACCGAACUCUUUCGCCCAUACUACGGUGAAGCCAUUGCCCGUCACUUGGUUGCAAACUACAAAUUGCAAUUAUACCCUUAUCACGACCUCCUCAUCUACGAGAUGGGUGCCGGAAACGGAACUCUCAUGAUGAACAUCCUCGACUACAUCCGCCAAACAGAUCCUGAAGUCUACGCUCGCACACGUUUCCGCGUUAUCGAAGUUUCAUCUGCUUUGGCCUCUAUCCAAGGAAGUCAGUUGAUGAGAAACGCUCAAGCAAAGGGUCACGCGGACAAGGUGUCUAUCAUCAACAAGUCCAUCUUCGACUGGGACAUCUACGAAGCUUCUCCUUGUUUCUUCCUAGCCAUGGAAGUCUUUGACAACUUCGCCCACGAUGUCAUAAGAUACGACCCCUUCACCGAGGAACCACUCCAAGGCUCCGCCCUCAUCGAUGCAAACGGCGACUUUUACGAAUUCUACUCAAAAGACAUAGACCCAGUAGCUUCUCGCUUCCUGCGUGUCAGAGAUGCCGCCUGUAACGACAUCAACUACGCACAUCCCCUACGCAACUCCNNCCCCGCCAUGCUCAGAAAAUUGAGGAGUAAAUUACCCUUUGCUCCCAAUCUGAGUACGCCAGAGUAUAUCCCUACGAGAUUGAUGCACUUUUUCGAUAUUUUGCACAAAUACUUCCCGGCGCAUAAACUGGUCACGUCGGAUUUCCACGCGCUUCCUGAUGCUGUGGAUGGUGUAAAUGCACCUGUGGUCCAGACACGCUAUCAACGUCGCAUGGUUCCUGUCACCACUCCACUGGUCCACCAAGGUUUCUUCGAUAUCCUCUUCCCUACAGACUUUGCAGUCAACGAAGCCAUCUACCGCGCCAUCACAGGCAAACUCACUCGCGUCAUGAAGCACGAAGACUUUUUCAAGCGAUGGGCUUAUGUCGAGGACACCCAAACGAGAAAUGGAGAAAAUCCGCUUUUGAGCUGGUACAAGAAUGCCUCCGUCAUGAUUACUGUAUAA